AUGUCUUUCCGGUGUUCACCAAUACUAAACCCGAAUGCUUCAUCAAUCAAAACAAAUUCCAAUUCUAUUUCAUUGUCUUCACAAAUCCGUCUUGAACUUAGUAAAAUUCUUCUUCAGCACGAUCCGAAUGCCAUACGUUUAUAUGAUUUUAUAAAUCAUGUUAAAAUCUCUUAUUACAAUGCUAAUGAAUGCCGCUGGGAAAAUCAUUUAUCUAUGGAAGGAAAUUUAUUUAUUUAUGAAAAAAAAUUUGUCAUAGAUAAUCAAGCAUAUUCAUCGUAUGCAUUUGCUAUUAUUAAUGGAAAACAGCAGUUUAUACAACAGAUAAAUUUGAAAAUGUCACAGUAUGCUGAUAAACAAAGUUUAUUUUAUGAAGUUGUGAUAAAUAAUAAAUGUGAAGUAUAUUGUUUGCAUUUUGUGAAUGAAAACGAAUGUCAACGAUUGAAUACAUUUAUUUCGCAAGCUAUUGAAUCUAUGCGAAACAUUGAACAGCAACGAUCUCAGGUUGUCGCCACCAAUGGCAUUUCUUCUGCAGAAGCAAAAAGGCAACAUGCGUUGACUAAUAUUUCUUCGCAACAAACAUCGACUGAAGUUAGAUCUUCGAGACAAACCUUAACUCCAAUAGUAAAUAGUAACAGUAGUAGUCAAGAUCAGACAUCAUCACUUAAGCGUUUGUUAAACAUCCAACAUCAGAAUGAUUCAGAAGAAAAGAAUCCUAUAAAUCUUCUUCCACCGUCUUCAUUUCAAUUAAAAUCAUCUGCUGAUACUCCGAAUCAUUUAAUGCCAUUAAAUCGUUCGCAAUUCCGUGAUGUUCUUCUUGAUCUUGUCCAGAAUAAUGAUCAUUUUCUUGAUAUUAUUCAUCAAGCCGUCCUGAAUUAUUCCAUGCAAUGA